UUCAACCCGUUCAUUUUAGCAAAUAUGACAACUGAAGUCUCUCACGGCCGCGGCGGCGCAGGCAACUUCCAGCCAGACGACACCCAGUAUAUCGACGGCGAGGUCGUUCGCACAGGUGUCGAGGGUAGCCAUGGUGACGGCGCAUUCAGCUCCGGUCGAGGUGGCGCCGGAAACAUCUCCGACGUUGGCUCCAAGCCCACCGAGCGUAGGGACAAGGACAUCAUUCCAGACGCUGCUGUUCGGCCGAGCAUGGACGGCCGAGACUACCACACUGGCCGAGGCGGUGCUGGUAACGCUCAGACGGCUGCUGCUGCCGAGAGAAAGUCGGAGGAGAAGCUAGUGACUGAGAAGCCUGCAAUUGUGGCCCCAGUUGGCCUCGCCGACAAGCUCAAGGCCAUGAUCUUUGGAGGCAAGAAGAAGUAG